AUUCUGGGAGUUGGGGGUUUGUUGUGGGCCCAGAGCGGAGCGGAGCUGAAAGAAGGAAGGCCCCACAACAAACCCCAACUCCCAGAAUUCCAUAGCAAAGAGCCAGACAACGAGUUAAAGCGGCUCCAACGCGGGUCAUUUCCCCAGUGUGGAUGCGGCCUCGGGCGGGAGGGGCGGUGUGGCCUCUGUGUCGAUGGGCGCCUAACGAGCCUCGCUGCCUUUCCUUCUCUCUCUCUCUUUCCCCGCAGAGGCUCUCCUCCUCCCUCCUCUUCCCCCGCAGUCGCCUCCUCCUUCUGCCGCCCAGGUGCUGCUACCGCGGGGAGGCGCCUUCUGACUCCGGGCGGGACGUGCUGGAGAUCCCCCUGCCGCCCUGGCAGCCCCGGCCCCAGGAGCCCCCGGCCAGGAAGCGGGCCAGGCUGCUCUACGAGAGCCGCAAGCGAGGCAUGCUGGAGAACUGCCUCCUCCUCAGUUUCUUUGCCAAAGAGAAUCUGAAUCAAAUGAGUGAGAAACAGCUGGAUCUUUAUGAUCGCCUGAUUAAUGAGCCCAGCAAUGACUGGGAUAUCUACUACUGGGCAACAGAAGCAAAGCCUGCACCGGAAGUCUUUGAGAAUGAAGUAAUGGAGAUGCUUAGAGAGUUUACUAAAAACAAGAAUAGAGAGAAGAGAUUGCGACAGCCAGAUCUGGAGUAUCUUGUUGAAACCCCACACUGAUCUGGGUGCUUUUUUCCAGAACUUCCUUUUAAACCAACUCACAGCAUAGUACUUGGACUUCUCUUAGUGUUUCACACUUGGUCAACCUUCUGUGGAUUCUUUUGAGUAGCAUUUGUUCUCCAUGUUUUGCUUCUCUAAUAAACGUUCAGUGCUUUCCCCUAAAAUUGAGAAAUACCCCUGUCCUAAAUUAUGAAGAGGGAGACCUGGUUUUGAGUCAUAAUGCAUUUUAAGAACACAUCUAUUUGUAAUUGUAUGUUGGUUGAUGCAACAAUAAUGAUGAUGUAUUAAGAUUCAUUUAAAAGUGCUUUUAUUUAUUAAUAAAAAUACAGUAUAACAUGUCAAA